UGUGAGGCGGUGGGGCAGUUGGAUGCCGGUGUGUAGGCGGUAAGCGGCCGUUGGGAGCCCGGUACAGAAGAACAGGGAAAAAAAACACAUUACUGACAUGGACACGCCACCACAUCCCGUCAAACUUUACGUCUACGACCUUUCCCGGGGGCUGGCCCGACAGUUUAGCCCGAUCAUGCUCGGAAAACAGCUUGAUGGAAUAUGGCACACUGCAAUAGUUGUCAACGGAGAGGAAUUCUUCUAUGGGUCGGGUGGAAUUGCUAAUUGUCAGCCAGGAGGGACUUUACUUGGACCACCUGACUCGGUCAUUGAUCUGGGGACAACUGAAGUGACUGAGGAAUUAAUUAUGGAAUAUUUAUCCUCUCUAGGAGAGUCAGCAUUCAGGGGAGAGUGCUACAAAUUGUUCGAACAUAAUUGCAAUACAUUCAGUAACGAAGUUUCCCAAUUCCUCACUGGGAAGAAGAUUCCGUCGUAUAUCACUGACCUGCCUUCUGAGGUUUUAUCAACCCCUUUUGGCCAGCUCAUUAAGCCCAUCCUGGACUCGGUUCAGAUUCAGCCGGUGGGAGGAAGCAGCUUCAACGAUCAGAAUCCGAGUUAGUAGCUGCAGACCAGAGAGCUGCUGACUGCAGGGAUGUGUACAGUCACUGGCCUCACCGAACUAUACAAUGAUUUUCCAAAAAACAAAUCCCCUUCAAGCAUCUUUCAUCUCGUAUCUGACUUAACGUAGAACGUUAAAAAGUGGUAGAAAUGCUUUUUUAAAAUCCAUUUGAAACAUGUAUCUAAUACAGAAGCACUGAAUUCUACAGUGCAAUCUAUCAGGUUGUUGUCAGCUCCCUUUUGUCAACUGUCUUUGAAUAAGCUGUAGCAAGCAGCAGUCAUGAGAGAUUGAUUCCUUGCUUCUUUCACAAUGUAUUUAACCAGCAAAUACCCCUCCCACCCCCACCCUCCUCCUCCUCUUCCGAAAGAGGCCACCAGCAUGGAGACCUUACCAGUGUUUCCCUCGUUGUUAUGCCAACAUCAUUGCCAAUGCAUUGACCAAUUCAAGGGGUAGUGUUUGCGGUGUUGUCAGGGUUUGUUUAGGAUAGCUGUGUUGUAUGUGGGAGGGAAAGAUUUACUUGAGUCACCUUGCUUUUCAUAUCAUUUCAGCACUCAGCUGCAAUCGAAAGAGAUGUUGGUUUAGAUUUUUUUCUUUCACCUGAUCAAAUCAGUAGAUUAAACUUGAGCUGAAAUCACGAGAAUCCCAGUUUCAGAUUACUUCAGUCCACUUUGUUUCUUGCUGUAAGUAGUUGCUCUGUCUAUCCCCUUGCCCAAAAUUACUGGGCAAUGACUUCACAGGAGCAGCUGGUCACGUAUGGAAUGGUGAGUGCAGACAGCUUGUUGGACUUCAGAGCCCUUGCUCCCACACAUGACACAAUUCUUGCCAUGUAUCCCUAUGUACGUAUUUCUCCCCACAGCUACAGGCCAGCAGUUAGAAACAUGAAUCCAGGGUGGUGUACAUACUCUGUCUCCCCUAAUCCAUGAGGUUGCACCUCUGCUUGCUUCACACCCAUUCCAUUUGUGACCAACUAAUUCACAACUUGGGGAAUAAACCAGCUGUUCUCUGUACAGCUCCGUAUUGGCCAUCCCUGCUUUAAGGUUUUAGACCAGGGGCUGCCCCAAUGCCAAUGGACAGAAUAGCCAGCUGCAAAGGUUCAACCUCCUCCAGCCUCUAGCUAUCCCAGUGGUAUGGAUUAUUACAGCACAAACCUCACCUAGUGCAGGGUUGUCUAAUAUGUUGGCCAAAAAGGUGAUCAUUUGGCAUUACUAGGUGUGGCCUCUAUUCACAAGAGUUUGCAAUGUAAAUUCAAGAACUUUAACCUUUUUAUCCAAUUAAUUCUCAUGGAGUGCAAGUGCUUUGGUUUGAUUGUGCUUCACUUUUUUGGUUCCUGAAUGAUGGCAGAUGUUUGUUAAACAAGCCUAUUGUGUGAGGUGUAUGUGAGGCUUUUUGUUCUAGCUGUAGCCAAACAUGGCCAAAAUGGUGUUGCUGUUGUCACUCCCGGUGUAACUAGGCAGCCUGGCACAGGCAGUGGAUAAUGCUGGAUGCUCUCUCAGUACAUCAGUAUUUAUUGUAGCUCAGUAAUGCCAUGGUAUUGCAGUGGUGUGGGUUGGACAGGCACCAAAAACACACUCAACUGAGAACAUGAUCCUGCAAUCCUACUCAUCUCCUUCCAUUUCUUAACGAUACUUGUUCAGUUUCCCAGAAUCAGGCAGGACUUUUUUAUAUUUCCAGCUUCUGACAGUCGAGUCCACCCCAGUGGCCCAGCAGACUAUCCUGUCUUGGGUUCUGGCAGUGAGUUUGCCAUAUUUGUAAAUUUGUUAAUAUCGCAAUCAGUUUGAACAAGUAAGCUACAAAAUUCUCAAGUGCAGGGCAGGGUUUGAAAACUUAUUAUUAGUAUGAUAUAAAAAGCUUUCCUGUAUAGGUGUAAUUUUGUGGAAAUUGGGAGCAUGGUUUUGAACCCUUAAUUGGGUAACUUCACCCAGUUGGAUGCCAUUGCCAUGGAAAAUCAUGUGCAGAGUACGAACCCCCAGCCCUUCAGCAGAACUACCUCAAUGACCCUAAACUUCAGUGAAAUCUCAAUGCAGCUCGGUUUAAAAAAGUCUAAUUAUACUCAUUAGCAUUGUUUGGAAGUAAAGUUCUAUAAUUCUGUGUCAAUUCAGCUGAUAGAUUGGGAAUUCAAAUUGAGUUUAAUAUUAGAGAUUUUCCUGCUUGAAAUGUUUUCUCUUUGUAACUUUGCUGUUGAGGGGUCAGGGGCUGAUCUAAGGCAAGCAGUGAAGCUAAUUGUCAGCAGUUGGCAUGGAAUACGCAAACAAAAAUAGCUGAGUGCAGUGCUGCAGUCUCUUGGUGACUUUUUCUGUCUUUUACCAUGGCAACUGCAAUCUUCAGAGCAAAUCCAACUGCCCUGUUUUAAUUUCCUGCCUCUGCAGGUUUGGCUGCCUGAGAUGAGAAUGAGCCAACUUGCACAAUGAUUUAUUUGGCGUUGCUCAACAUUGUACAGUUCUACCAUUAUCUGAGUAGCAUUAGGUGGUUUGGGUGUGGGGGGAGACACCAGAGGUUUUGAAAAUGGUUUUCAUUUUGUGGAAUGGGUGUGUCACUGGCAAGACCAACACUUCAUAGCCCUAAUUGCCCCAAAGCUGCUACCUUGUUCUGUUGUGGUCCAUCAGUAUCUGCUGCAGUUGGUUACAAUUGGGUAUUUGCUAGGCUAUUUCAGAGGGCAUUGAAGACUUACCCAUAUUACUAUUGGUCCACAACUGUAUGGCAGUCCGGUCAAGUAAGGACAACAGGCUUCUUUCCCAUCUCGUGCACUAGGUAGAUUUUUACGACAGUUGAUCGUCUCCAUAACAUGGUCAUGAAAUUGUCUUUCAAUUAUAGGUUUAUUAAUUGAAUUCAACUUUCACCAGCUGCUGUUGGGAUUUAAGCCAUUGUCCACAGAACAUUAGGCCAAUCCUCUGAAUUAUUUGUCCUGUGAAUUUACCGGACUCAUACAGCAUGGAAACAGACCCUUCGGUCCAACUAGUACAUGCCGAUCAUGUUCCCAAACUAACUUCUCCUGAACUGUAACACCCUGCUAAUUAUGUGCAUAUUGUUGAAUUUCUUGAUUGAACAUUUAUUCCUUAAUGUUUUAUUUGUUAGAUCUUGAGUUUAUUAAUCCUUUUCUCUCCAGGUGUCAGUGCCACCAAGGAUCACAGUUUGCCCAUGUGCAACCGUCUCCCUGCCAUUCCUCCCAUUCCUCCUUCGUUCCUUCCUCAGAGGUGUCACUAUUUGCAAAGCAGAUGAAUUGGCCUGUUGAGGUUUUGCAGUUGAAGCCUCUGAGUUCAUUGAGUUUUAUUUUUCAGAUGGUUGCUUGCAAUCUGCCAGCCUCAGUUUGAGUUUCAUUAUCAGCAGCUUCCUCAGUUGAUGUUCUACCUUGACACUUCCCGUGGAGCAGUGGGCAGAUUCACAGGCUGAUUAAUGUGCUGUGGCGUAAGCACUCAUUUCAAGGCCAUGACCACCUUCACACCACUGAGUUCCCACAGUGUGAGCAAUGAGUGCGGGGUGAGGUCGAGAGAGAGAGAGAGAAAGCAUCAUUGAACUGCAGAUCCACUGAAGCCUGUGCAAUGGUCCACACUCAUCAGAUAUGUCUGGAGCAGGGUUUGAAACCUAAAACCUUAUGAUUCAUGUCGAGUAUUAUUGUUAAUGACUCCUUGAGGUGUACCAGAGCAAUUGAGGAGGAAUCCCAGUUUUGAUCCCCUAACCUGUUUUUUUUUAAAUAUAUGCCCACAGUUGUUGUUGUAGUUCUCCUUGUCCUUAAGCUGUGAAUGAGGGACAAUAACCAGCCAGGAUUUGCAUUCUGAAUUGUUGCGGUGUUUGUGUUUUGGGCAUUAAUCAGAUUAAGCUGCGCUGUACUGCUGCCUUGCCCCUCCAGCUCGGUAGUUUGUCAGCAGUGUCUGGUGCAAUAAGACUCAGCUGUCCUGGGUGACAUGCAGAUUGUGAUGGGUGUCAGGAGCAGUCAGUUGCAUCAUGAGCUGGGACCUUAAGGAAAGAACUGAGAAUUAGCAAAGUGUGUUUGGCCCCUGGAGAACAAAAGGGGCUCAGUAAUUGGUGAUGGUAGUUUUGGGGGGAGAGGAGAGCAGAAAUCAGAAAUUACCUUAGGCUCCCAAUUAGAAAACUGUGCUACUGUGAUUCAGUUUGUGCUUUAGUUUGCUGCAGGUCCUGCUCAGAAAUUACUUGUCUUCCAGCAGAAGCAUUGGCAAAAAAACCCUCCAGAAUGUCAUCAGGACACAGUUCCUUCUGUUAAUGGAAAGUUAUUUUGCUUUUAAAAAAGAAAUUUGUUAUUCAAGUGAUCAGAUGUUCAAUGUUGAUAAUGUCCAAGUACAAAUUCAAUGCUGAAAAACAACUUGUGAUCAGAUCAUUCGAAUUAUUAACUUCAAAUGAACAGUAGAUUUCAGACCAGGUAUCAGCCUGUAUAGACAUGGGUUUUAUGUAUUUGAAUGUAUUAUUGUUUAUCCUCGAUAUCUGUUUACAAUGUUUAAAUAUUGAUGGCUUUUAAUGGAUAUGUAAAUCAGGGAAUUGUAUUUAUUAACCUCUCCAAUAAUGGUUUAUAAACGGGAGGCACAGGUUCCUCAUGCACGUUCAAAACUCCUUGCCCAUUUAAGCGUCUGUCACGUCAUAGUUCAAUUUAUAUUAAAACAUAUCUUGUGUUUGUGCUUAUUAAUGUCAAA